AUGGUAAACAUUUUUUACAUCAGUUAUUUUUGAUUGUGAAUAAUAACAACAGAUGAUUUAAAAUGGAUCUUUUAGAAACAGUUUUAAGUUCUGGUGGCUUUGGAGAAUUUGUUGAAAACUUUAGAGCAAAUAAGAUUGAUUCUUUUAGUUUAAAACUUUUGAGUGAUCAAGAUCUAGAAUUGUUAGGAAUAGAGGAUGAAACUCAACGUCAAAAAUUAAUGAAACUAAUAAAUAAUUUACAGAUACCCGCAGAGAAAAGAUCUAAUACAAAAGGGGAUACAGCAUAUGCAUUGCUGGUUCUAACAAACAUUUGUCUACAACUUCAAAAGCAAUUUGCAAAUUUGACUUACAUAUUAAAAAGAGAGGAUAUAGAUAUUUGUGACAUACAAUUAACACCAGCUGUACUAGCUUUACAAAACAAUAUAAGUUCAAUGGAAUCAACUUUAAAUGUUUUUGAAAGAAAGGUUUUGAAAGUACCAAAAAAGAAAAAGAAGAAACUGUAUUUUAUUAUUCCAACAUUGAUUAUAUCCUCAAUGACUUUAUUUACUUGUGGCCGAUACCUGCUAAAAAAUUCAUGAAAUGUGACGCUUGUGUGAUUAUUUGAAUCUCAAAGAACCUACAAUAUUCCCAUAUAAAAUGACUUUCAUUUAACAUGUAUCUUCUGAUUAAACAUAGUAAUACAUUCCACUAGUAUUUACGGGAACAUUUAUCUUCGGUCUCUGAAGACUAAAUCACGUAUCACAUGAUGUAAUUGUUAAUUGUAAAUAAAUAAUAACCAGUGCUCAAUAGGCAUUUAAAGAAUAUAAUAUAGAGAUGGGGGUUAUUGAAACCAAAAAUUCCACAAAGCAGAGAAGAACUAAACACCAGAAAUCUAUCUUUGUUUUAUUACUAUCUUGUAAUUAUAUGUUUGACUCUUAAGCAAGAGUGUGUAUCUCUUUGUAACUGUCCAUGUUAUUGAUUCAUCAUCCAACUGUUAGAUUUAUACAUAUCAUCAACUUAAUGUUCAAAAUACACUUUUUGUAGGAUUAGGAAAUUACACUCGAAGUUGAAACUCGAAAUACUUUUUAUUUAGUUACGUUUAUGCCGUUAUAUUUGGAUUCUAGGUUUGUAGCAAUAUUUAAAAUGUAUGUUGAAUAUUUAAAGAUCCUUUAAAUUGGAUAUUUAACAAAAUUUUGUACAUUAAAUGUUCAUGAUUUUUUUCGGAUAUUGAACAGGUUUUGAAGAUUAUACAAUUCUGCCAUUCUCUCAAAUUAUUAGCUGCUUUCUCUCCUUUAUCUUGGGUUAAAUUUCAAAUUAAAAAAGGACUAGAACUUUUGACAAUGUAAUUGUAAAAAAUGUAAAUAUAUAUAUA